CCAAUCCGGAUGUCUUUUAAGUUAUAGUAUGAUUGAAAAAGUGGUUUUUCUUUUUUUUUUCUCCGCUAAAAAAAAUAAAGACAAACAACUUUUAUUUCAACAUUUCUCACAUUUUUUUCCUUCUAAAAUCUCCUUCCACUUUCAUUGUUUUUUCUUUAAUAUUAUAUGUGCAGCACCCCCGAACCCGGCUAUGAUCCGCUGUCGGCCAAAAAUUGACAAGAAUAUGACCGUCGGUUUCACCUAGCCUGUGGCUCGUGAGUGAUACAUUUUUAGUUUAUACCCCGCAGCUUAGCAUAUAGCUUAAUUUGCAUCCAGCACCGCGAAUGCAUAAUGGAGUUAAAGGAUUAAGAUACAAUAUUAUUUAACAUCACGAAAAUUUUAAGAAAACAUUCGAAUUACUAUAUUUAAUAGUAUGAGUUUGAAAACACAAAUUAUUUAUACAUGCUGCGACGGUCCGUAACCCAAGAAAAUCUUACAUAUAUAUAUAUAUAUAUAUAGUUUUUAACACUGCAUGUCAUUUUCUAUGAUUUUAUUACAUCUUAUGUCACUUUAAGUUACUGAGGUAGUUUUUGAGUGGUUGUUUACGUUAUUGUCCGACUAAAACUUAGAGUCUUAUUGUUAAUCUUCUUCCUUGUUUCCUUUCAUGAAAAUUAAAUUAAAUACCCAGAAAAAAGUGAGACUCGUAAAAAACGACGAUGAAAAAUUUCCAAAUCCUAGCUAAACAAAAAAGAAAGAAAAUUAAUUUAAAAAAACUCUCGCGGCGAUUACGAUGGCGACAAACUAGGGUUCUAUGACCCUUCGGCGUUGGAAUCCAGGAAUCGAUGGGAAUGGAAGGAAAGUAUCUGAGGAAUCACAGGAAAGGAAACUGGGGAAGAUUACGGCUAGAUGUUACGAUCGGGAGAGAGGAUUGCGAGGAGAUUUGAUCGACAAUUUUUCCGAUUCACGAUUCAGAGAAGGAAACUUGGUGAAUCUUCACGAUCUGGAAAUAUCUUUGGGCUUUCACCUUCUAUCAUUACAGAAUCUCAGGAAAUCUGAGAGUCAGUUUAUUGGCAGUUCUGGAACCAAGGAAGAUGGAGAAGGUGGGCGCAAGAGUUUGAAGAUUUCGGUGCCUCAUUUCAACAACUCUGACCUCAUCAAGGGCUAUUCCAAAACAUUGAUUGGAAGAUGCAUGAAUCCGGUGGAGCAAAAAGUCAACUUUCUGGUGAGAACUUUUCCUAAAAUCUGGAACUUGGAGGAGAAGGUGGUCGGUACUGAUCUGGGGUUGGGGAGGUUUCAGUUUGACUUUGACGAGGAAGCUGACACUGAAGCUGUGCUCAAAAUGCAACUGAUAUACCAUGGAUUUUACCUAUUUUUACCCAUGGUACAUACCAGGAGCAACAAUGAAGAGAGGAUUUUUAGGGUUUUCAAACAAGUCUACUGGUUUAUGCACGAUCCGUAAGUCUACGAGGGUAGUAACGAUCGACACCCUCCAAGCAGCAUUGAUCGACAGCAUACACCACAAAUCAUUCGACAUCGUCCAUCAUGAAUCGAUCGACACCCUACGAGAACCAGUGAUCAACAGAGUCCACAAAACGUCAAACGGCACUGUUCACCUGAACACUGUUCACGCCGGUACUGUUCACCAGAGUACUGUUCACGCGGAUACUAUUCAUCAGAGUACUGUUCACGUGAAUACUGUUCAUCCCGAUACUAUUCAUCGGAGUACUAUUCACGCCGAUACUGUUCAUAUGGGUACUGUUCAUCCGAGUACUGUUCAUCGAGGUAUUGUUCAUCCUGCAUCGAUCGGUACUGUUCAUCCAACGUCGAUCGACACUGUUGGCCCAUCUUAGACCAUCCUUGCUGAGCUUUUGGAGACUCAAGAGGAAGCACCAAAGGUAACAUUGCCCCGCUCAAGUGAAAAUAAAGGAAUAGUAUUGGUUGUGAUAAGGACAGAGAAGGAUGCUCAGUUAGGUAAUGAAACGGGUGUAGUUCUGGAAGAAACACUACAAGAAAAACAGGAAAAUUCUGACGACCACUCCGACGGAAAGCGAAGUCGUCGGACCAUUCCGACCACAUUCCGACGACAUACCGACGAAACCCAAAAACACGGGUUCGUCGGUAUUUCGUCGGAAAAGUCCGACAAACUUCCGACGAAGGGCGGUCGUCGGUAUAUUCCGACAACAAUUCCGACGAAAGCCCGACAAAAAUUAUAACCGUUACGGUCGUCGGAAUUCCGUCGGAAAAUACCGACGCCGUUCCGACGGAAGCUCUCGACCGUUGGCGAGAAAGAAUAUGCCCGUUUAUAGCCGUUAGACAUUUUAAAAAAACCGACGGAAUUCCGACGGAUUUUUUAUAUUUUGUCGGAAUUACGUUGGAAUGGCGUCGGAUUGCCGUAAGCAUUUUCCUAUAAAUGCAACCUCUCCUCAUUCAUCUCAUUCACUCCUCAUUCUCUCUUCAUUCUCUCUUAUCAUAAGAAAUUCGAAAAAAUCAUGUCUUCUGGAGAUUAUUUUCGUUCGUGGAUGGAUAGACCUCAUUUGGAUCCCAACACCAAUUUGCUUACAGAAGAAUACGUUCGAGGUAUUGGAGAAUUCAUGAAGCUUGUUCAACAGCACCCGGAUGCAAAUACUGGUAUGGUAAGAUGUCCCUGCUCUACUUGUAAUAACAAUAGAAUUAUAAAAGAAUGGGAAGUUUGGAAACAUUUGUAUAGAAAAGGGUUUGCACGGAAUUAUAAAGUUUGGUAUCUUCAUGGGGAAACUGGUUUUGAAUAUGGUAGUAGUAGCGAACCUCAGCCUGUUAGCGAACAACCUCAGUCUUAUGGUUGGUUAGAAGAACCGAGAAUGGAUGUAGAUUAUGGUGUAGGUACUGAGCAGAUGGUACAUGAUCAUUAUAGAGGGGAAGAACCAAAUCUCGAAUUGGGGAGAUAUUUUGACAUGUUGGAUGCAGGAAAACAACCUUUGUAUAAAGGUUGUAGAGAUGGUCAUUCACCUUUAUCAUCUGCAAGUAGAUUGAUGGGUAUUAAGACAGAUUAUAAUUUGGCUGAAGAAUGCGUAGAUGCGAUAGCUGAUUAUGUUAAAGGUAUUCUGCCAGAGGAUAAUCUUGCACCGGGUUCAUACUACGAGGUUCAGAAACUUGUUGCGGGUCUUCGAUUACCGUACGAAGUGAUAGAUGUAUGUAUCGACAACUGCAUGAUCUACUGGGGAGCGGAUAAGGAUCGGGAUAAAUGCAAAUUUUGUUGGAAACCUCGUUAUCAGGAAACGAGGGAAAGAGUUCCGGUACCAUUCAAAAGAAUGUGGUAUUUGCCUUUGACGGAAAUAUUGAAGAGGUUGUAUCAGUGUGAGCGCACGGCGAAGGCAAUGAGAUGGCAUGCAGAGCAUUCUACAAAUGGUGAGAUUAGACAUCCUUCAGAUGCGAAGGCUUGGAAACAUUUCCAAUCAACAUAUCCAGAAUUUGCUGAACAGAGAAGAAAUGUUUAUCUGGGAUUAUGCACUGAUGGUUUCAGCCCAUUUGGAAAGCAUGGAAGACAAUAUUCUCUAUGGCCGGUGAUUGUGACACCAUACAACUUGCCGCCAAAUUUGUGCAUGCGACGAGAGUUUUUGUUCCUCUCCAUUCUCGUCCCCGGACCAGCUCAUCCUAAGAGAUCACUAGAUGUGUUUCUUCAACCACUAAUAUAUGAGUUACAACAACUAUGGGCGGUUGGUGCUGAGACAUACGAUGUUUCGUGCAGAGAAAACUUUAAUAUGCGGGCAUUACUUAUGUGGACAAUAAGUGACUUUCCAGCAUAUCGUAUGUUAUCCGGAUGGACAACACAUGGCAGGCUUUCAUGUCCAUAUUGUCAAGAUAACACAUAUGCUUUCCAACUAAAGCACGGAAGGAAAACAUGUUGGUUUGAUUGUCACAGAAGAUUUCUACCACCUGAUCAUCCAUACCGUAGGAGUAAGACUUUGUUUACGAAGAACAAGCAUGUGUUUGAUGAUCCACCUACGGAAGUUAGUGGGAAAGAUUUGGCGAUACAGUUUAGGGAUUUUGGUGCACAAAGGACGCCAGACGUAGGUGGACAUGAAAACAUUCCAGUCGAUGCUGUUGGAGAGCUACAUAACUGGCACAAAAAGAGUAUUUUCUAGGAUCUGCCAUAUUGGGAGAGUCAUAUAUUGCGUCACAACUUAGAUGUCAUGCAUAUUGAGAAGAACUUUUUCGACAAUCUGAUGAACACAAUCUUCAACAUCCAAGGUAAAACGAAGGAUAAUCUGAAGUCAAGGUUGGAUUUAGUCGAUAUCUGUGAUCGUUCUGAACUUCACGUUGAUGAGAACGGUACGGCACCUUUUCCCAUUUAUCGGCUGGAUGGUGCUGGCAAAGAAGCGUUCUUUGAUUGGAUUACAGAUAAAGUGAAAUUUCCAGACGGUUAUGCAUCAAAUUUGGGUAAUUGCGUUGACAGAAGCGAAGGAAAGUUUACUGGCUUGAAGAGUCACGAUUGUCAUGUGAUUAUGCAGCGGCUCCUUCCGUUUGCUUUUUCCGCACUAUUACCACGUAAUGUUCAUGAAGCAGUUGCAGGGAUAAGUGUUUUCUUCCGUGAUUUAUGCACCAGAGUAGUGACUGAGCAGGGUAUUAGUACUUUGAAGGAAAACGUACCCGUUAGUCUUUGCAACCUCGAGAAGAUAUUUCCUCCAUCAUUCUUUGAUGUAAUGGAACAUCUUGCUAUUCAUCUUGCAAGAGAAUUGGAGCUUGGUGGUCCUGUGCAGUACCGAUGGAUGUAUCUUUUUGAGCGUUAUAUGCAUCAUCUGAAGAAGAAGAUCAAAAAUUUAAGCAAGGUGGAAGGAUCUAUAAUUGCACAGGUGAUCAAUGAAGAAACUUCAAACUUUGCUGAAAACUACUUUCCAUUAGAAGUGCAUACAAAAAACCGAAGACCUGCUCGGCAUGAUGACAGAGGAGAGAAAUCAACGUAUCAUGUUACUGUCCCAAGCAUGUUCAGCGAAAUAGGACGACUAAGUGGAAAACCCACGAAGCGGAGACUGACGGAGAUUGAGCACGCUCAUUUGCAAACAUAUUUGCUUACCAACUGUGAAGAUGUUCUACAAUAUGAGAGUGUUUAUAUGGCAGAGUUGCGUAUGACUUACAGACAUACCACAGAAGAAGAGCUUCAACAAUUCAGACAUAACGGAUUUGCUGCAUGGCUUCUUAAUUAUGUGACUGAUGGUUUGGCCAGAGGUUUUGUGUUCGAUGAUUGGAUAUGCGAGUUUGUGCGGGGACCAAACUAUGUGGUCAAAUCAUAUCCAAAAUAUUGUACACGAGGAUAUGCCUUUGCAAAAAAAGGUCAUUCUAGGACAACUUAUGAUGGAGGUGUUUCCUCUUCUUCCGGUGACGAUGUCUACUACGGCAACAUACAAGAAAUAUUGGAAAUCCAGUAUCCUGGUAUGGUUGGAUUGCGGUGUGUAGUAUUCGAUUGUGAUUGGUAUGACACCACCCCAGAUCGAGGAGUGAAGACUGAUGCGUUUGGUGUUACUUCGAUUCAUUCGCGGAGGAAACUUCAAUAUUAUGAUCCUUUCAUUUUUGCUUCGCAAGCUGAUCAGGUGUGCUACAUCAGUUACCCUCGGGUUACGUACCGAGACGAUCCAUGGAUCACGGUGACGCAAAUCAACCCAAGAGGACGAGUAAACGGACCUUCUGAUAAUGAUCCAUUACAACCAAACUCUACCAGCAACGUGAGUGCAGUUGAAGAUUUGGCAGAGGUUGAACUCGUUGAGAAUUUUAACGAGUUUGGACUUGAUGCUGUUGUACACUCGGAGCCAGAAGCUGAGAUUGGCGAGUUUGACGAAGAUUCUGAAGAUUCUGAAGAUUCUACAGAUUCUGAAGAUUCUGAUUAGGACUUAUGUUUUCUUAGUUGUAUGAUUAGUUUUUUUUUUUUAAUUAACAAAAUCCGUCGGUAUUCCAUCGGAAUAUUCCGAUGAAAUUCCGACGACUCGUGGUUAAUUCAGGGUCUAGCCAUUCGUCGGAAUUCCGUCAGAAUAUUCCGAUGGAAUUCCGACGGAUUUUAUUAAAUCUGUCGGAA